AUGUUCGGCCGGCGCAAAAGCCUCACAAAAGCCUCACGCAUACGAGCACGCAAACGAUCAGCCAAAAUCCGACCUUCUUUCCUACUGAAACACUACAUCCUAUUCAACUCUCUUACUCGUUAUACCCACCCUUGCCCUCCUCGCUCAACUUCCUCCAAACGCACCCCUUGCUCCUACACCGCACAAUCUUGCCGCGCCAAAGCUUCAAGACUACAAGAACGAUACCCAAUCGGCGACAUAUGGUCCUACUCUUGGCCUAAACCAUUCCCACAACUUCCAGCAACAGCACAAGAACCACAUCGAGUAGUAGAGGAGCUAGUAGCUCAGAUCGUCAAAGACACUUUCGAUGCAGAGUAUACCAAGUUUCGCUCCCCAAAAUGGGCGAGUGAACAUAGAAUCACAAAGGAGCAUCUGGAGAAGAUCCUAGUCGAUCAGAAGGAGGUAGAGGAGAGUGCCAAGGCUGCGAAAAUGCUCGUCAAUACUGCGUUGAACAGGUUUUUCGUGGGUCUCAAGAAGGGUGCGAUUGGCAAGUCUACUAGAUCGCACAAGGCGAUGCAGCAGGACUCGAUGGCACCAUCGAGUCUUCAAGCGCAACCUCUUGCUGCCCCAACAGCGGAAACCACUGCGAUGGAGGAUGCGGGGACGCUUGAAGAUCUAGAUGCAGAGCUGCAAGGCGAGCUUUGGGAGGAUGGAGAAAGAUAUACGCUAGAAUGCAAACGCUUGCUGGACUAUAUGCAGUCAACGGCAGGAAGCUCAAAGACUGCGCAGUGGAGGAACUGGCACUUGCUGGAUGCGGUGAAGAAGACAAGAGAGCGUUGUGAGGAGUUGUUCGGUCAUGAAGAUCGCUGA